UCUCUCUGGGCCCAACCACAGGCAGACGGGCAUGGGGCUUGUGAGCACUAUGGCUCGCUUCGGGUCAAUGAUGGCGCCCAUCAUCAGGAUGAGCGGUGACUACGUCCCCAUUCUGCCACACACCAUCUACGGAGGGAUGGCCGUGGCCGCCGGGAUCACAGCCGCCUUCCUCCUGGAAACUCGGAAUGUCGCCCUCCCCGAGACCAUCGAGGAUGUGGAGAAAAGUGGGAAGAAAAGGACAAAAGAGACGGAGGCUGAGAAGGAGGAGGUUCCACUGCAGGAAGCCCGCGAGUCUCUAAUGAAACAGACCGUCUAACUGCUCAUUGCUCACCGCCCAUUCUCCGCGACAAAUCUUACCCAAUGACAGAACGAGCUGAAGGGCCGAAUGGCCUGCCUCUACUCCUCUACGUGUUCAUAAGGUAAACCCUCGUUAUAACAGACUGGAGGGAGAGGGAAUGGUCAUAAGUGAUAGGAGUAGAAUUAGGCCAUUCGGUCCAUCGAGUCUACUCUCCCAUUCAAUCGUGGCUGAUCUAUCUCUCCCUCCUAACCCCUCACACAACCUCAUACCUUCUCCCCAUAACCCCUGACACCCGUACUAAUCAAAUGGUGUCCGUUAUUGCCGACUGCCUGCUAUAACCAAGCAAGGGGUUCGCUCCAAACUCCAAAGCGGGUAAAGCUGCUGCCUCAGAGCGCCAGAUACCCGGGUUCCAUUCCGACUACGGGCGCUGUCUGUACGGAGCUUGCACGUUCUCCCCGUGACCUGCGUGGGUUUUCCCCGGGUGCUCCGGUUUCCUCCCA